CGCUCUGUGCUGCCCGCUGCCCGCUGCCCGCUCCGCGCCGCCGGGGCGGGGGCUGGGGCGAUGGCGGGGCCGGGACCGAGGCGGUGGCGCGGGCUGGCGCGGGCCGGGGCGGCGGCGCUGCUGAUGGGCGCGGGCUGGCUGUGCUUCGCACGCUCGCUGCGCGGCGAGUUCGUGCACGACGACGUGUGGGCCAUCGUGCACAACCCCGACGUGCAGCCUGGGGCGCCCCUGCGUGCCCGCGUCUUCGCCGACGACUUCUGGGGCAAGCGUAUGGCAGACAACGGCAGCCACAAGUCUUAUCGGCCGCUCUGUGUGCUCUCCUUCCAGCUGAACGUCUACCUGACGGGCAUGGACCCCUUCUACUUCCACACUGUGAACGUCGUCCUGCACUGCCUGGUGACUCUCCUGCUGAUGCACACGUGUGACAAGACCGUGUUCCAGAGCUCUGGGCCUGCCUUCCUCACGGCCCUGCUCUUUGCCGUGCACCCUGUCCACACGGAAGCAGUGGCUGGGAUCGUUGGCAGAGCUGACGUGCUGGCAUGCCUGCUGUUCCUACUGGCCUUUCUCUCCUAUGACAGGAGCGUGGCGACAGGCUGCAGGGGCGAGCGCUUUCCCCCCACAGUGUCCCCUUUAUUCCUGCUGCUGAGCCUGUUGCUGGGCACGUGCGCCAUGCUGGUGAAGGAGACGGGCAUCACCGUGUUCGGCGUGUGCUUGGUCUACGACUUCUUCUCCCUCACACGCAAGCAGGACAAACCGAACCUGAAGGAGAGCAGCAGUUGGAGCUUCCUGCAGACCACAGGGCCAUUCCUGAAGAGAGCUGUUCUGGUCAUCAGCUAUGUAACCGUGGUCCUCUGCUUCCGGCUAUGGAUAAUGGGGGGCUCCAUGCCCCUCUUCUCUGAGCAGGACAACCCUGCUUCCUUCUCGCCUUACCUCCUGACCAGGUUCCUCACUUACUCCUACCUCCUGGCCUUCAAUGUGUGGCUGCUACUGGCACCCAUCACCCUGUGCUACGACUGGCAGGUGGGCAGCAUCCCCCUGGUGGAGAGCGUCUGGGACGUGCGCAACCUGGCCACCCUUCUCCUGGCCCUCGUCAUGACCCUGCUGAGCCUCCACUGCUGGGCGGCCUUCAAGAGACUGGAGCACAGGGAAGUGCUAGUGGGCUUGUUGUUCCUGGUCCUCCCGUUCAUUCCGGCCAGCAACCUCUUCUUCAGGGUGGGCUUUGUGGUGGCCGAGAGAGUCCUUUACAUGCCUAGCAUGGGCUACUGCAUCCUGGUCGUGCAGGGACUGAGCCGGCUGUGUGCUGGGCUGGGCCGCUGUGGGGCCGCCACACUGACCGUGUCCACAGGGCUGCUGCUGCUGCUCCUGUCCUGGAAGACGAUGAAGCAGAAUGAGAGCUGGCUGUCGAGGGAGGCCCUGUUCAGGUCUGGAGUGGAAACGCUGCCCCACAACGCCAAGGUCCACUACAACUAUGCCAACUUCCUGAAGGACCAGGGUCGCAACCGGGAGGCCGUCCACCACUACCGAACGGCCCUCAGGCUGUACCCACGCCAUGCCAGCGCCCUCAACAACCUGGGCACUCUCACACCGGAUGCAGCCGAGGCCCAGCGCUACUACCAGCGGGCCCUGCAGCUCAGCCCCCAGCACAGCCGCGCCCUCUUCAAUCUGGGCAACCUGCUCAGGUCCCAGCAGAAGCCGCAUGAGGCCAUCACCUUGCUGCGCGACUCCAUCAAGUACGGUCCCGAGUUCGCCGACGCCUACUCCAGCCUGGCUUCUCUGCUGGCUGAGCAGGAGAGGCUGAAGGAGGCAGAGGAGGUGUACCAGGCCGGUAUCCGGAACUGCCCUGACAGCUCCGACCUGCACAACAACUACGGCGUCUUCCUGGUGGACACGGGUGCCCCAGAGCGGGCAGCAGCCCACUAUGAGCAGGCUGUGCGGCUCAGCCCCAGCCACCAUGUGGCCAUGGCCAACCUGGGGAGGCUGCACCGAUCUCUGGGGGAUGACGGCCUGUCCGAGCAGUGGUACAAGCGCGCCCUGCAGGUGGCUCGCAGAGCUGAGACCCUGUCGCCCCUGGGAGCGCUGUACUACAACACGGGUCGCUACCAGGAGGCGCUGCAGGUCUACCAGGAGGCCGCUGCCCUGCAGCCUGCCCAGCGGGAGGUGCGCCUGGCCCUGGCCCAGGUGCUGGCUGUGGUGGGGCAGACGGAGGAGGCCGAGGCGCUGACCAGCCACAUGGUGGGGGAGGAGCCCAGCUGCCUAGAGUGCUACCGCCUGCUGUCGGCCAUCUACAGCAAGCAGGAGCUGCACAGCCAGGCCCUGGAUGCCAUCAACAAGGCUCUGCAGCUGGAGCCCAAGGACCCCAGGGUGGCAUCUGAGCUCUUCUUCACCAAGGGAAACCAGCUGCGAGAGCAGAACCUGCUGGACGAGGCUUUCGAGAGCUACGAGGCCGCUGUGGAGCUCAACCCUGAGCAGGCCCAGGCCUGGAUGAACAUGGGUGGCAUCCAGCACAUCAAAGGAGACUACGCGUCUGCCCGCGCCUACUAUGAGCGGGCCCUGAGGCUGGUGCCCGACAGCCGGCUGCUGCUCGAGAACCUGGCCAAGCUGGAGCGGCUGGAGCGGAGACUGCGGGGCUUGGGGGGCCUGGGGGGUGGGUGAGGGCGCUGCUCCUGCCUGCACCUGAGUUCGGCCUCGCGGGGGUGGGGAUGGGGAGACAUACCCAUUUAUCUGCUCCCGACCCUGAGUGCCAGGAAAGCCAGGCCAGGUGGGGUCCCUCUGGAUAAGCCGCUGCCUCUGCCGCGGCUCUGUGCUCAUCCCACCUGAACCAGCAAUCGGGCCGGCAGCUUCUCAGAGCCUUCUGGGAUAUGUGGGGGAGGGCUGCUCCUGAGUGAGCAUCUCCUCAGAUAUGGCAAGAGCCCAGUCCAGGGGUAGGGGGAACACAUGCAGGGCAGGCCCUUCCCAUCACCCUCAUACCAAAAAGGAAGCUUCUGGGAGCCCGCUGGGUGUUCCUUCCCCUGGUGGGAAGUAAGGGUCGUCGUGCGUGCCCCUUGCUCUCGAUGAGAACCUUAAAAGUACUUUGAUCUCAUGACAAGGAUUUCUGGAACAGUGGGCCUGCUCUGAGAUUCCAGAGUGCUUUUAAAAGCAUACAUAUUUCUGCCUCCAAAUAGAUGGUUAUUUUGGUGGAGAGUCGUAUAUUCUAUUGCUUUAUGAGAAAUACUAAGAUAUUAAUGAAGAGAUACUCUACUUUACUAGCCUAACAUUCAGACAGCAUGGGAUUAUUUUUUUGCAAAGACUAUUUGAGCAAGAAAGACACUGCACUCUCAUAGGAAUGUUCUGUGUAGACUGAGUCCUGUAGCCCUUCCCAGGUUUCUGAGAACUCAGUGCUUAGAGCAGAGUCAUUGCUGUGGAGAGUUUGUGAAGAAUGCUCAGUCUAGGGGAGAAGUCAAGGUUCAUAAUUUUGAAACUACCUUUUUAUCUAAAAGAGAGGGAAAGCAAAUUGGAUCUAACGAUUUGACGCUGUUAUUUAUUACAUAAGUUAUAAGAUAUUUAAUAUAUACACAUAUGCUCACUUUUAUUUUCUCUAUAGUGGUUUUAAUAACAGCUUCCAAAACAAUGUUAUAGAAAAUAUCAGUCUUUGGUGCAGACUUGCAGAAUGUUCUUAAAAGCCCCUCAAAAGUAUGGACUGUGCAUGGAGGAGUCAGCCCCUUGUGUCUGGGCAAUGAAGUGUCACCAGGACCUGUCCUGGCACUGCCUUCCUCCCAUCAGCCAUAAAACUCCAGGACUUCAAAAGUCCCUCCACCCCUACGCGACAGCCUCUGUGCUCCCAGAGUGCAGAGAUGAACAGUGUUGGUUGUAGAAGAGCCUCACAACCUGCAAGCCGUAAGCCUGCAGCCCAAGCUGGAGCAUAGCCGAGAGCCACUCGGGCCCCAUUCUCCCUCAUAAGCUGAGGGGCAUAUGGUGCCCGCUUGCCUCCCUCUCUUGCGUCUCUGUCUCUGUCUUGAGUGAGCGCCUCCCUGCGGCUGGGGACAUGCUCACAGGGUGGCCUAGUGCCUCUGAGAAAUAAAUUGCAUCUUAUUUUACAAAGAUGGUGCUGCAUCACUGUGUGAGUACUUCUCCCUGGCAGCAGGGCAGCCUGGCUGCCUCAGCACCUGGGGGCAGGGGUCCCCUCCUGUUGGGCAGUGCCCAGGGCUCCUGGUGUGCCGGGCAGGUGGGGGCAGACCCAUCCCGUGGUCAGUACCGCUGGACCCACUCAGAGCUCUUGUGUUGCCCCAGUCUUCCAUCUGUCCAGCCUGUCCCGAGUGUCUCUUCCCCACAUCCUCUGCCUUGGCCCUGUGAGGAAGACAGGUGUCUCCCCAGGGUAACCCCCCUCCCCCAGGGAACACAGCGACCUCACAUGGCCUCUCACCCGGGGACCCUCAGAACCGCCUUCCGCAAGAGGUGACAUCCACGGCCACCUGCAGACAUGGAUCACAGUCCUGGCCAGAGUCCAGUGUGGAGCUGCUGGACACCUCUGCAGCAUCCUGGAGGAGCAGAAAUGGGUGUGCAGGAAGCUCAGGCCUCUAAGCAGACGGUUCUGCAUGUGGCCCUGGGAGGACAGAGAUGGGCAGCAGGCAUCCAGCGUGACAGGCAGGGACAUGUGAGCCAGGAGGAGAACCACCGAGGGGGCUGUGCCCACCUGCUCUUCAAGGGACAGGCUUUUGUUGAUGGCCCUGGGGAGGCUGGAAGGAGAGCUGGGACAGCGGACUCCAGGCCUCAGCCACCAGCUCACGUGGCAACCACAGCGGCUGUCCACACCCAGGGUUAUCGCUGGGGCUCAGUGCCUACACUGUGAAUCCACUGCCCCUUGGCUAUUCUAUUUUUUGGAUAGGAUAAAAAUUGAGAGAGGAGGGGAAGACAGAAGAGAAAGAAAGAGAUCCGUUCCUUGUGCACUCGACCAGCAUGACUGUUUACUGCAAGACCAGUUCAAUCAGAUUCAUCAAGUGUCUCUAAUAUGCCAAUUGUGAGAUGGAGGCCACGGACACAGACACAUAGAAGCACCUAAGCACUGACAUGGAGUUUAGGAGCGAUAAAAACAAGGGCAACAACAAAGAAAAUAAAAAAGGGGUUGAAACAUGAAGAAUGAAACUGAACCAAUAUAUUUCACCCAACACAAAAGUAAAUUCCAAGUGGAUCAAGGACUUGGAUGUUAGACCAAGAACUAUCAGAUACUUAGAGGAAAAUAUUGUCAGAACUCUCUUGCAUAUACAUUUUUCUACAUAAAUAAAUCCAAUUACAAAAGGUAAGCCAAAAGGUAAAUAACUGUCUUGAUUUAUUGUUCUGAGGAAAAACUUAUCUGCUUGUAUUUUCUUUGUAGUAUUCCUCUCUGUGGUAUGCUUGUUUCUGGGUAGAGGGAGAAAGACAGGUUCUGUUUACCUUUGUUUCUCUGCUGUUACUAUUUUAUCCUGUGAGGAGAGUGACUUAUUUCUCUUUUUGUUGUCACCAGGGGUAUUUCUGGGGCUCAGUACCUGCACAAUCCCACAAUUAUCUGGGUCAACUUUUGAAUCAUGGGAAAGACAGCUCCCAGCACUGCUGCAGGGGACUUGAACAUGUGCUCUAGUGCUUGUCUCCUUAGAGAAACACUGUUUGAGCUGUAUUUCCCGGCUGCUUAUUCUACUGGAUAGAAAGUGAGAGACUUGGUGACCUGCUUGUCUUCUCUCUCCAGGAGAAGCAGAAGAUACAUUUAUUCUCCUGGGCUGAGGGAUGGAGAUACUGCUUGUUUCUCCCUGGUUUUACUGUCUGCUCUUACCAACUAUCUAUAUACCUCGUGUUUGUUCUGUUUCUAUACCUAGUUGUCACUGCCCUGUGCUUGAUUCCUCUUUGUGUAAAACAUGACUUUCACAUUUCUCCAGGUAGAUCACUAGAAGGCGACCACCUGCUAUCCAUGCUAACAUCAGGAGAGGAAGAUGGACACCUCCGGGUUCCCGUCACAGCCACAUCAAAACAUAGAACACUAUUCUGCUCCAGGGAGAGUCCUUUUUCAGCACAAAUCCCAAAUGCGGAUCUGGAAUGGUGUUUCACAGCAUACGGGCCAGAGAGCCAGGGUUACUGCUGGGCUCGGUGCCUGCACCAUGAAUCCACUGCUCCUGGAGGCCAUUUUUUCCCCCUUUUGUUGCCCUUGUUGUAGCUUCGUUGUGGUUAUUACUGCCCUUGGUGACGCAAUUUGUUGUUGGAUAGGACAGAGAGAAAUGGAGAGAGGAGGGGAAGACAGAGAAGGGGAGAGAAAGAUAGACACCUGCAGACCUGCUUCACCGCCUGUGAAGCGACUCCCCUGCAGGUGGGGAGCCGGGGGCUCGAACCAGGAUCCUUAUGCCGGUCCCUGCGCUUUGCGCCACAUGCGCUUUACCCACUGCGCCACUGCCCGACCCCCAGAAAAUGUUCUAAUCAAGAGUGGUAACAAAUGGCACAUUCUUGUUGCAGAAUCAGUUCACAGGUUUCUUAAAAGUGCUGGGUGCAGGGUGUUGCACCAAAGUAAAAGACUAGUGGGUAUUAAAUUGCUAUGUGGAAAUGUUGUUAUACAUGUACAAACCACUGUAUUGUCAACUAUAAACCAUUAAUCCCCCAAUAAAGAAAAUUUAAAAUAUGCCCAACAAAAGUAUGCAUACUAAGGACAGAAGUUCUGAGACACUUUCAAUAAAAAUUAUUGUAAAGCAUGUGGUAGGCUAUUUUUUAGUUCAGUAUUUUAGGAAAAAUAGGCAUCAAGCAAAGGUCUUCAUUUAAGAAAACAGUCUCCG